UGCAGUGAACACACGAUGGCGACACGUGGCUAAUCGGAGCCAUGUGGCUCCUGUGGUCUGUCCACUGAAGUUUGUAGGAAGGAUUGCACUCAGUUGAAGACAGAGAUAGAGAGGGGGAAAGUGUGCUGGGCUCCAGCGAGGAGGAAAGAGACAGAAACCUGGAGAAACGGAGACAACUUUCUUCCAGACUCGCACAUUAUUUUAUCGAGACGGUUUGCGGUGCGCUUUGGAAGAUCGGCUGAAGGCAGUGCACAAGUUAUCGAGGCACCGUAUUUGAGUCGCUCAAUUUUUUUUGGAGGGGCUCGAAAUUAAAUUUUGAGUGAAGUGGAUGUGAAAAGCGGGCGAAGGUUUAACACAGAGCCGGAGGAAUGUAUCCAACUUGGGCAGCGGCGAGCCAGCGUCUCUGGAGAUGUCCAGCCUGCGCUCUGUGGAUCGCCCUGCUCCUCCAAAGUGUCCUGGACUUGCGCGCGUCUGGGUCUGAGUUGCCCCAAGACCCCAGUGUGAUAGCUACCACUUCAUGGAACACCUCUAGUGAUGGGCCCUUCUUCAUCCGUCUUGAAGCUCCAAUGAACAACAUCACUACCUCUCUGGGCCAAUCAGCCGAGCUUUUCUGCCGCGUGUCUGGGAACCCGCCGCCCACUGUGCGCUGGCUGAAGAAUGACGCCCCAGUGGUGCAAGAGCCACGGAGGAUUUCGUACCGAUCCACGCAUUAUGGAUCACGCCUCCGCAUCCGUAACCUGGACACUACUGACACAGGCUACUUCCAGUGCGUGGCCACCAACACCCAGGGUACUGUGUCCACGACCGGCGUGCUCUUUGUCAAAUUCGAUCCACUCCCUACAACUCUGGCAGGAAGGCCAACGGAGGAUUUUGAUGAAGAGGGAUUCUGCCAGCCGUACAGAGGUAUAGCCUGCGCCCGCUUCAUCGGUAACCGCAGCAUCUUCGUUGACUCGUUGCAGAUGCAGGGCGAGAUCGAGACCCAGAUCACAGCGGCCUUCACCAUGAUCGGGACAUCCAACCAUUUGUCUGAUCGUUGCUCCCAGUUUGCCAUCCCUUCUCUCUGCCACUUUGCCUUCCCGACCUGCGACCGCAGCUCUGGAACGGACAAACCUCGGGACCUGUGUAAGGACGAGUGUGAGAUCCUGGAGAACGACUUGUGUAAGACAGAGUACAUCAUCGCCCGCUCAAACCCCAUCAUCCUGAAGAGACUGAAGCUGCCAAACUGCGAGGACCUGGCUGCCUUUGACAGCCCCGAGGCUGCCAACUGUCUGAGGAUCGGCAUCCCUAUGGCCGAGCCCAUAAACAAGAACCACAAGUGUUACAACAACAGCGGGGCGGACUACAGAGGGACGGUCAGUAUGACCAAGUCGGGCCGUCAGUGUCAGCCGUGGAACUCCCAGUAUCCUCACAGCCACACCUACCUGGCCGUCCGCUACCAGGAGCUAAACGGAGGACACUCGUACUGCCGCAACCCUGGGAACAAACUUGAGGCCCCCUGGUGCUUCACUCUGGACGAGGGGGUCCGCAUGGAGCUCUGUGAAAUACCCGUCUGUGACCAUGAAGACAAGUCUGGUGGCAGCAACAUGGAGAUCUUGUACAUCCUGGUUCCCAGUGUGGCAAUACCGUUAGCCAUCGCCUUGCUCUUCUUCUUUAUUUGCGUGUGCCGCAACAACCAGAAGUCCCCCAGGCCUCCUGCUCCUCGUCAGCCCAAACCGGUCCGAGGACAAAACGUUGAGAUGUCCAUGCUCACAACUGCAUACAAGCCAAAGAGUAAGGCCAAAGAGCUUCCUUUGUCGGCUGUGCGUUUCAUGGAGGAGCUUGGAGAGUGCACUUUGGGGAAGAUCUACAAGGGUCACCUGUAUCUGCCGGGCAUGGACCAGACACAGCUUGUGGCCAUUAAGACUCUGAAGGAUGUCUCCAAUGCCCAGCAUUGGGCCGACUUCCAGCAGGAGGCUGCAGUGCUGACAGAGCUGCAGCACCCAAACGUGGUGUGCCUUAUGGGUGUGGUGAUUCAGGAGCAGCCUGUCUGUAUGCUGUUUGAGUUUUUGCCCCAAGGCGACCUCCACGAGUUCCUCAUCAUGCGUUCACCGCACUCUGACGUUGGCUGCAGCAGUGAUGAGGAUGGCACGGUGAAAUCCAGCCUGGAUCAUGGAGACUUCCUGCAUAUGUCCAUACAGGUGGCAGCUGGGAUGGAGUACUUGGCCAGCCACUUUUACACCCAUAAAGACCUUGCAGCUCGGAACAUUCUAGUAGGUGAACAGCUCCACGUCAAGAUCUCCGACCUGGGUCUCUCCAGAGUGAUCUACUCCUCAGACUACUACUGCAUUCAACCCAAAACUCUGCUCCCCAUCCGCUGGAUGCCCCCUGAGGCCAUCACUUACGGAAAGUUCACCACAGACUCGGACAUUUGGUCGUUCGGAGUUGUGCUGUGGGAGAUCUUCAGCUACGGUCUACAGCCCUAUUACGGCUUCUCCAACCAGGAAGUGAUGGAGAUGGUGAGAAAGAGGCAGCUGCUGCCUUGCCCCGAGGACUGUCCGCCAAGGUUUUAUGGUUUGAUGACUGAAUGCUGGCAGGAGGGACCAACGCGUCGAACGCGCUUCAAGGACAUCCAUGCCCGCCUGCGAGCCUGGGAGGGGCCAUCAUCCCACGCCAGCUCAAGCACGCCCUCUGGUGGUGGAGGCAACGCUACCACCCAGACCACCUCACUCAGCGCCAGUCCCGUCAGCAACCUCAGCAACCCCCGCUACGCUGCUGCCACGGCUGCUGGGUACCUCUACCCAGCCCAGGCUAUUCCCUCACCGGGCCAGAUGGGCCAGAUUCAAGCCUGGACACCCAUGGCUGUAACACAAACCCACCAGCGCUUUAUCCCUGUCAAUGGAUACCCCAUCCCGCCAGGAUACGCAGCUUUUCCAGCCCACUUCCCUCCGCCGGCCCCACCGACCAGGGUCAUCCAGCACCACCUGCCCCCUCCCAAAAGUCGCUCCCCCAGUAGCGCCAGCGGCUCCACCAGCACGGGUCACGUCAGCGGAGUGCCCUCCACCACGGGCUCUAAUCAUGACGCCAACACGCCGCUGCUUUCCCACUGCAUCAUGCCGGGGAGCGGUGGAGGGCCGAUUCAGAUGUACGGACAAGUUUGCCAGAAGGGAGUGGGACAACUGGACCACGCAUCACAAACAGCGCUGCUCGCUGCUGAUUCUGACGUACUGAUGUACAACGACUCGGUCAUCACCGCAGACCUGUAGAUAGAGACACACUCACAUUCUUUCUGCUCGGGACCCACAUUUGUGAAGUUUAGCUUCUCACACAGGGACCCAGUCUUCUACUCCGGUCAUAUGGAGACCCAACAGAAACUGUCCUGUACGCACAUUUGAGUGUGCAAGAAACAUUGCCGCAGCUACACAAGUAUAUACGCAGCUGUCUGACUUUUUAAUGCCUUUUUGUUUAAAGCAUGUACUUACCACCAUGGUUUGAAAAUGUCGUGCUAUUAUUUUAACCUCUGUGUGAAUACGGUACAUAAGUCCUGAAUGAAUGAGUGAACUACAAAGAUAUAUAUUCAAAAGAACUUUUUUUAUUAAGGAAUAAACUUUAAAGAUGAAAAAAUAGCAAGUCCACCCUGCGUCCUAAAAAAUGUUUUUUCUUUUUUUGUAUCACAAUCUGACACAAUGUUCCUGUGUCAAUAACCGAGUUAUCAGACCGUUUCAUGCAGGAUGUGAAGGAAACACUGACACUCUUACCGUGACCUUUUGGUGCCUUUCAGCAGGGGUGCGACUUGCUUGUUUCUGGACGUACUGUAUAAUAACACAAAAAUGUGCUGUAUGUGUGCUUGUACAGUAAAAGAAACUGCAUUUAGCAAUCGAGAACCGAGCAAACAACAGACUGAAGAAACAGGAAGUUUAGCAGCUUUAACUGAGAAGACCAGCAAUGGCGUGCUCAAAUACACCAGGAGCCUACACAAGGAGGUGGCGUAACCUGCCUUUUGGGUUUCACGUGUUGCAGGCAGACAGCUUAUGGCCAUGUGACGUCUCCCCAUCACAUUCAAACUAAAACAGAUACAAGUGAUAAUUUGGCUAAAAUACUUGUCCAGGCACUGAGAUUUGGCAUUUUUACGCAAAAUCCUUUUGAAAGUGACACCUGAAUGUUUUUUGUGCAACCCCAACAUCUUCCUCUAUUGCAACAUAGACACAGGUCUUUUUUGCCUUUUUCAAAUUUCACUUUACAGCUUCCUAGGCUGGGGAAGCAGGGAGUACUUCUGAUUGGACAAAAAAACUCUUCAUCAGCCUUUCUUUCUCCCUACAUUCCUCUCUCUGUCUCUCUUACCUUCGAUGGGGAUCCCUUCCCCUUCCUCCUUUUAUUCCGCAGUACCGUCUUCCACCCUCCGAGCGGACGUGACAUUUAACUUCAAAAGCUGGCUGCAGAGGACCCCCUACAGGUCUACAAAUAAAACCACGCAUUGCUCAUAUCCCCCACAGCUUAACUGGACCGGCCUCAGGGUACAAACACUUGACUCACCACCCAGGAGCUGGGGUCAGUUUACUGUCAGUGAUGUAAAGCUAUAAAUGUACCCUCGCAAAAGAACAUUUUUAUUGUAAAUUGGAUAUGGAGUUUUAAUUUCUAUCAGAGCUUUUCCAGUAUUUUAAUUUUGAAUGGCUUAUCUUCAUGUCUUUGCACUUUCCUUUCCUGUUUUUCAGCAUAUGUGUGAGUGAAAGUACUCAAAGCAGGGAGGGUUAACACACAUAAGCCUCAUAGUAGAUAACAUUAUGAUGGCUGCCCCCUAUUAGUUGAUUAGUUGACUAAGAGGUCCUUUUGGUCAAGUAAGAUUUAUUUAGUAGAUUAGUCAUUUUUUUUAAAGGUUUUUUCAUGCUGAAUGACUUUCCAAGAAGCGUAUGAGCACAUAUUUGGCAAACACCAGAUUUAAAGGGCUGCUUUAGCAUGAUUCUUAGUUUUACAGAUCGGUUGAUUAAAUCGACUUCUCGAUUAGUUGUUCGAAAUCACACCAUUGUGAGUUGACUCAAAAUGUAUUUAGCGGAGGACAGCCCUAAAUGUUACCAUGACACAAAUCAGCCUUAUGUCCAUGAAUAUAGUACUGUGCACCUGAAGAGAAGAAAGUUUGACCUAAAAACGGAUCAUUUUCAUUCGCUGUGUUCAGAGAGAUUUAUGUAUGUUGCUUUUAUUUCAAUCUACAUCAGUCAGUAAAUGAGAGUGAAUGGUAUCCGGUACACCUGGUGCCAACUGUGCUGACACGACAUCCUAACGAGUAUGUGCAGCUUUUAAAAGUAAAA